UUCUUAUUUGAUCGAUCACUGUGUUUGAGUAUGUUCUUGUAAUCACCUAUUAAUCGAUAGGUAAGGAAUACUGUUUGGGUUUAUUAAAGUUUUUAACGAUUUUGCAGAGAGAAGCGAAUUUGAAAAAUGGUGAAUAAGAGUUACCCGGAAGUGAAAGAAGAGUACAAGAAAGCUGUUCAGAGAUGCAAGAGGAAGCUCCGUGGUCUUAUCGCCGAGAAGCACUGUGCUCCUAUCGUUCUCCGUCUUGCAUGGCACUCGGCUGGGACAUUUGACGUGAAGACGAAGACAGGAGGACCGUUUGGAACGAUAAGGCAUCCCCAAGAGCUAGCCCAUGAGGCCAACAAUGGUCUUGAUAUAGCAAUUAGGCUUCUUGAGCCGAUCAAGGAGCUGUUCCCCAUUCUGUCUUAUGCUGAUUUCUACCAGCUAGCUGGAGUUGUUGCUGUUGAGAUCACUGGAGGACCCGAGAUUCCAUUCCAUCCUGGUAGACUGGACAAAGUUGAGCCACCUCCUGAAGGUCGUCUGCCUCAGGCCACCAAAGGCGUGGAUCAUCUAAGAGAUGUGUUUAGUCGGAUGGGACUCAAUGACAAAGAUAUUGUUGCAUUGUCUGGUGGACACACCUUGGGUCGGUGCCACAAGGAGCGCUCAGGAUUCGAGGGAGCAUGGACACAAAACCCGCUCAUUUUCGACAACUCCUAUUUCAAAGAGAUACUAAGCGGAGAGAAAGAAGGACUUCUUCAAUUACCAAGCGACAAGGCUCUUCUCGAUGAUCCUCUCUUUCGUCCCUUUGUUGAGAGAUAUGCGGCAGAUGAGGAUGCCUUCUUCGAAGACUAUAAAGAAGCUCAUCUGAAGUUGUCAGAACUCGGGUUUGCUGACAAGGAGUAAUAUGGAAUAUGGUGCCAUGUCCUAUCCCUUGAAUUUGAUUCUUGUUCCUUCACAUUAUCGUGUUGUAAUCAUAUGAAAGACAGUAAAAUCGAAUGGAAGGAUUUGUAUUGUACGUAUGCCUUGGGGUUGCUUGUAACUAAUGAAAUAAGACAACAUCAUCAUAUCUCUGA